AUUACUCGAAUCCCCCGUCGGCGAUGCUGCAGUCGCCGCGAACGAAAAAGGUCGCGGUGGUGCGGGAUCCAGACAUGACGAGUGUCCUGUCGCCGCCCACGUCGUACAAUGUAUAUCCGUUCCAAGGGCUCCAGUCGCCCCCCAAAGCCCCCCGCACAGACUCGAAAACACCGCCCAAACGCCUUAAACAACUGGACAAGCCAGCCCUCUCGGCCGUCCAUUCGUGGCUCCCUCUGACCAGACCGUAUUCCCCCUUAGGGGCAGUGUCCCCCACGGCUGUAGUGCACCACUUGAGCGAAGAGCAGUACCCCCACGUCAAGCAGCACGACCUGGCCCAGAUUGAGGACUGGCUCGUCGGGUUUGAGCAGGAGGCGCGCUCGUUCACGUCGUACUUUUUGUUUUGCGAGCUCAAGUUUCAACAGUCUGCCGUCCUGGCGACAGGGCGGGACGUGCCGAAUCGACUUCGGACUGCCGUCGCGUUCUACUGCCUCCAGCAAGCGUCGUCCAUCUUUGGGCGGUACCAGUCCGUGCUGGACACGAUCUGCUUGAACUUGGGGUCAGCGAUCUACACAAGCUUUGGAACACUGCGGCGCGGCCGCCACCUCACAGCCCUGGAGUGCUAUCACGCCGGGGUAACCUACUUUGAUCAAGUCCAGUCGCUCCAGCAAGAAAACGCCCAGCUACAGUCUCGCAAAUCGUCUCUCGACGAGUUGCUCGUCCGACUUGAGCAACGGGUGCAGCAACUUGAAGCCGAGAACGCAGCAUUCAAAUCAAACCCAGGCCACAGCACGGUCCCGGCAUCGAACACUGUCAGCGCCUUCACGAAGCUUGCGCUCAGCAACGAAUUCAACCCUGCGGCCAACAUGGAGCAGCGGGAAAAGAUGGGGUACAUCCUCAAGACGUUCAAGGCGCUCGAUGCCAACGAACGGCUUCAAGUCCUUCUAAGCCAAAUGGACAUGAUCGGCGCGAAUGCAGACAUGUUGCUUACAAUGAUCCACGCGCUGCCGCCUCGGGAGCGCAACACCCUGCUCGAUCGUCUCGUCCAAGACAAAGUCCAAACGAUGCAGUCGACAUGGGCGGCGGAAGCCGCCGUCCGGGGUGUCCAACAGCAGAACGAGGACGCGAACCAGUACAAACAUCGCCUCAUCAAGUACCAGGGAUUGAUUCAAGACGUAUUGGCUGGGAUCCACGUCUCGGCUCUCGACAUUCCACCUCAGGACAAAGGAACGAUUGAGGCGCUCGCGAGUUUGGUUGAAGCGUUGGCGCAGGAAAAGGACAAGGUGAAGCGAUACGAAGCCCGCGUGUUUGGCAUGACAGCGAUCCAUGCCAAGAACAAAGCAGACGUGGAAGGAUCAUGGAUGCACAAGUGCCACGAGCUGCAGGCGAAAUACGACGCAGCGGAAGCCGAGCGCGUGCAACUUGUCCAGCAACUCGAUGCGGUCCACGAACGAAUCGAGGCAGAGCGAGUCGAGCGCGCCGCGCGGCCAACCGACACGAACGACAAACAGACCCAAGUUCGUCCGGACGAGCUGCAAAAGUCUAUGAUGCACAACGCCGACAACAACGAGCGCAAGUUGACGCAACUAGGGUUCAACGGAUCCAAAGGCCAUAAAUCGUUCACUGGGUUGUACAUGAUGAUUCAAGAAGCCAACUACUCGGUUGCGAGUGUCAAGCGUAUUCUGGCCAAAAAGCGGCCUCUGAGCAUGCUGGAGCUCCACCAAGUCAUCUCGGGGUUCUAUCAAACCAAAAUGAGCCAGGACAUUGCGGACGACAACAUGCAUCGUCAUCGCGAAGGGCUAGCGCAAAUGCUGCUCGAUUCGUACACGGUGUACUAUGGACUGCGCGAGUUGGCCAUGGGACAGCUCAUUACGCUUGACUCGGCCAUUCGAAAACACGCCGGGAAAAGCGCACGCAUUCGACUGUUUGGAUUGCUGGUCGGGUCCCUCGAACCAGGAAGCUAUGCGUCGUCCGCCCCAGCCAUUGACUUUUUGCUGUUUGUCGUCGGGGUGCUCUUCAACGUGGGCAACUACCGCAUGCAUGAAGAGAGGGCGCAAGCAAACGCCAAGCAGCUGAAAGCGUGGUUUGGCGACGGCAUCAGCGGCAGCCAGAACUGCACGAUGAUUCCACUAGACAAACUCAUUCAGACGGUGCAGACUGUGUUUGCGCACAGCCACGUCACGAUCGCAUUCAUGCAAGACUUGUGCCAGACCCAAAACGAGAAUGGCGACGUCGACCUCGACGUGGCGCUCGAGAAAAUCAUGUACUACUGGCUCAAGCUGUACGCGGAGCAGAUCGUGACGAUGCACAAUGUGUUUGAGCUUGGGGACAAGGACACCAACGGCGUGUUGGACUUUUCAGAGUUCAGCGCUGUGGUGCACCAUCUCGACCCAGACAUGACUCGACGGGACUGCCUCGAGCUGUACAACCACGUCGCAGGCUCGGACAACGUGAUCGACAAAGAAGAGUUUGUGAUGGGCAUGAUUUUGCACCAGCGCGACAUCGGGCUCAAGUCGUACUUUGCCGCGGACCACGCCGUCAUCGCUAGCUCCUCGGGUGCGCCCGCCACCCCCACGACCGCUGCCGUUAUGUGCACUUCUGCGACACCGACAAUAUCGAAGCGCCUGAACACGAGGACCACGGGGGAAGCUCAACCCCAGAUCCCGUUCAACCCUGUCCGGCAACUCACCAUGCUCGUGUCCAAGUUCAAAGACGGCACCAGAACUUUCACGGACGCCCCCGGCGCGAAUGCCGAGCCAAAUGUCAACUGGGACGACGGCAUUGACGCGGUUGUCGACCAGUUUCUAAGCCACAAACACCUGAGUAACGAGCAGUUAACGGGGUAGCGACCUUGCCAGAAACUCGAAAUCGCCCUGCUGAUCACGUUGUACGUCACCAUGUGGGCGUCAGCAGUUCGCGUCAUGCGCUUGUGAAGCAAGGGGGCAAGGUCGCGCCGCCAGGGGGCGUAAACUAACCGCCAUAUCGAUGGGCCGUUGACGGGUGUGGCAACGAUGAAGAUGGAUGCACCAACUAUUGAGACUUGCUGCUGGUCAGCGAGGACGCACCCCGAGACCGAACAACAGUCGUUUGGACAACUUUCGACUCGAGGGAAACCAAAGUAGUGCAGGACGUCCUGGGUUGGAUUGUCUGCGGGUGGCGACGGCUUUUUUGGGGAAGGCCAAGUGCGCCGCCGUGGUCGCAUCCAGAUCGAUUGGUGUCGAAGAAGACCUGAUGUCAUAAAUAGCUGAUUCGAAUUACAUAAAUGGGUCAACGCUCGUUGUGGCUUAUUCAAACGAUUGAUGGGACAGAUCGUGGUGGUGAAAGCACUGGAACCGCUCGAGCAGGUCCUCGUCUUGGAUUGCCAAGU